AUGAAUAGCAUAAGGGAGGUCCCAUAUAAACCCAGUUUAAUAUUACAAAUAUUAAUGUUUUGUAAUGUAUAUUUGUCGAUAUCAUGGAAUAUAGUUUAUGGUGUUUAUAUUCUAUACAAGCUUCCCGAACUUUAUGAUUUACAUGGAGUGUGUGUCAUAAUUGCCUAUUUAAUUGGUUCAUUGGCUGAAUUAUAUCGUUUGCGUAUGGGUUAUAAAGGAAAUUUACAAUCAAGGCCCGGUGACUUGUGCACCUUUCUAAUACUCUCCCCCUUGGUGGAAUUACCCAUUAUUGUUUUCUUAUUACUUUCGGCCAAAGAAUUUACCACUUUACUAUUGGUAAUUGCCGUGGCCACAUUGAGUAUUAUGUCUUUGGAAUUUCUAAUUGGUGUUAUCAUUCUAUGGCCAAAAUCUGAACGAACAGUUUUAGUUAAAAAAUAAAUGUU